AUGGCUGACUAUUCUAACAGUCUCGCCGACUUCGUGGAUUUUGCUGGCCGGGUGGAGGAAAUUAUACAGGAUGAAGCGUAUCGCUACGCGCCGCCGUUACGGCCAGUUCUCAGGGAUCGGCAGAAUCCUAUAGAGGCAUACAACGACGCGGAAUUCCUUUCACGGUACCGCUUUUCUAAGCGAGCAGUGAUACGCCUGCUGGAAAUGCUGCCGCUGCACCCAAAGGACAACGAACGUGGUCACCCCGUGCCGCCACUGCUCCAGCUGCUCAUCACGCUGCGAUUCUACGGCGCCGGAACCUUUCAAGUUGUUACCGGAGACCUUGUUAAUGUGUCUCAGGCAAGCGUGUCACGCAUCAACGCACGCAUAUCAAGAAUGAUAGCCGACGCAUUGUUCCCGCAGCUUGUGAGGUUGCCCAACGCCAGUGAAGCAGCCGUGGUAAUUGAGGAAUUUUAUGCCAUGGCGCGUUUCCAUGGUGUGAGCGGCUGCAUAGACUGCACUCAUGUGCCCAUGAAAAAUCCCGGUGGAGAAGACGCGGAGGUCUUUCGGAAUCGUGAGGGCUACUUCUCAAUCAAUGUCCAGAUAAAAACAUCCUCAGUUCCCAUCAUCAUAACAGCUUGUGCCGCACUGCACAACUUCGGCCACCUCCUGAGAGAACCCGUCCCACCUCCACCACAAAGCCAGGUCAUUCAUGACAGCAGUUCAGCGGCUACCAUCUCAUCUGCUCCGCCACCACCAGCAGCCAUGCCACUUGUGCCAGACACAGCAGGCGGAUUCAGGAUGAGGGAGCGCACAGUCGCGCAGUAUUUCACUUAA